CCAAACUUUACUUCAUUUCUAAACCCAUUUUUAUUUUAUUAAUUUCACAAAAACCAAUUUCAUCCAAAAAAAAAAAAAAAAAACCUUCUAAUAAUAUUUUCAAGCUUUAUUAAUUAGAGAAACAAUCAAUCAUGUGUGGAGGUGCUGUAAUCUCCGACUUCAUUCCGGCAGGCAGAUCUCAUCGUCUGAAUUCCGAUUAUUUAUGGCCUGAAUUGAAAAAGGGUGUUAGCGGAUACUCUAAGCCUUUGAGAUCUGAAACUGUUAAUGUUGUUGAUGAAGAUGAUGAUGCUGUUGCUGAUCAAGCUUUUGAGGCUGAUUUUCUUGAGUUUAAAGAUGAAUCUGAUGAUGAUAUUUCUAUCAUUCCUCACUUUAAACCCUUUUCUUUUGGCCUUUUUAAGCCCAAAUCUUCUAAUGGACUGAAGCCUGUAGAGUUCAAUAGCCAGGCUGAGAAAACCGCCAAAAGAAAGAGGAAGAACCAGUAUCGUGGUAUUCGACAACGCCCAUGGGGCAAAUGGGCUGCUGAGAUCCGUGACCCUAGGAAGGGUGUUCGUGUUUGGCUCGGAACAUUCAACACUGCUGAAGAAGCUGCUAGAGCAUAUGAUGCUGAGGCACGCAGGAUCCGUGGUGAGAAAGCCAAGGUGAAUUUCCCUGAGGAAACCCCCGUAUCAGCUGCUGCUCCUAGGCGCACUGUUAAAGCUCGUGCCCAGAAACCAGCUGCCAAGACAGCCUCUCCUGCUCCAAUGCAGAACAUGAACCAGAGCUUUAAUAUCAUGAACAAUGCUCAGAAUGAGUAUUACAAUAAUUUUGCUCUUGUGGAGGAGAAGCCGCAAGUCAAUCAGUUUGAGUACUCAAACCCAAUGCCUGCUCUGGGAGAGUUAGCAGUGAACCCCUUUAACUCCCUCUCUGGGGGUACUGAUCUGUUUUUCAAUUCAGAUGAAGGUAGCAACUCUUUUGAUUGUUCUGACUUUAAUUGGGGAGAGAACGGCCCGAAAACCCCAGAGAUAUCCUCAUUCUUCUCAGCUGCUCUUGAAAGUGAUGACAGCGGAAAUGCAACAAAGAAGUUGAAAUCGACAUCAGGAGAUGCUGUACCUUUUGAGGAGAAUAGCGGCAAGAGCCUGUCUGAAGAGCUUUCUGAUGCUGAUCUUGAAUCCCAGUUGAAUUUCUUGGAGACGCCAUACCUUGAUGAGAACUGGGCUAUUGAUGCUUUUCUUGGAGGUGAUGCAUCUAAUGGAGGUGCUAAUCCAAUGGAGCUGUGGAGCUUUGAUGACUUCCCCGGAGGAGUCUUCUAAGCUAAGGGUGCGCUUUGCAGACCUUAUGUAAAUAAAACAUGAGUGUCUGUUCGCGAGGUGACUUUUAAAUAUGAGAUUGCGUAGUGGUCUUAUUGGGCAGUUGCAGUUAUAUGGGAGUACAUAGGUAAAUUUAGGUUCGUUCUUGCAUUUGAGACUCUUUUAAGUUUCAGAAUAUGUACUUGCUAUGUUUAUCCCGACUUCAUGAAAGCUGAACCUGUGCUUUCAGUCUGUUAUUGCACCUCUAAUUAUGGUUUGUUGCUUUAUUUUUAAUGCGGCUGCCAUUAGGAUAAA